CUCAAUCUCUGUAAUGACAAUAAUGGGUAUUAUACCUGGAGCACAGAUGAAGAAGAAGAAGACAUGAAAAUGUCUGCAAAUUGGGAUGUUACUCAGAAUUUUCAUGUGUGAGGAAAUAUUUCAACUUUCUUAAACUGAAAUCUGAUUAUGAGGACAGAAGAAGCAAGGUCAGACAGGUUGCAAGGAAGAAAUAAAAAUGUUUUUCCAUAUUGAGAGCAGAGGCAUAUAAGAAGAUGGAGGAAAAUCUCUUAAAAAACUGUGGUCUUGGAUAACAAGAGUGUGGAAGAUGUGUUGGACAUCGAGGGUAUGGAAUUUGCUAUCAAGUUUGAUUUUAACCGCAAGCUUUGUCCAUUUUUCUUCAUCGGCAUCGUUGACAGCACGGUACAAUCUGUGCAGAAUCUUGAGCCUUUGAGCAAGAGUUGCUUGGAGAGCGUGUAUUGGAUCGUGCAUGAUAAGUACCAUAGGCUCCUCACUUUGUAGAGAUAAAUUAGGCAUUUUUCUUUAGAUACAUGAAUCCCAAAGAAUUACAAAGCUAUUUUUAUGAUUCCAGAGAGAUGAGAACUCACUACAGAGAUGUUACACUCCACGAGUCAAAAGUGGACAAUCAGAAGUGGACAACUCUGGAGCACAAUGGAGUAAUUUUCCCUUCACCUUAUAAGCCACAUGGAGUUAAAAUGCUUUAUGAUGGGAAGCCAGUUGAUCUUUCUCCUGAUGAAGAGGAGGUUGCCACUUUAUUUGCAAAGAUGAAAAGUACAGCUUAUGCUACAAAAAUAAUUUUUAUAGAAAACUUUUGGAGUGAUUGGAAGCAAGUUCUGGGGAAGAAACAUGUCAUCCAAAAGUUUGAACUUUGUGACUUUACCCCAAUUUGUCAAUGGCAUCUCAAAGAAGAAGAAAAGAAGAAACAAAUGAGCACAAAGGAAAAGAAGCAAUUGAAAGAAGAAAAGCUAAAAGAAGAGGAAAAAUACAUGUGGGCUAUUGUGGAUGGAGUGAAACAAAAGGUUGGCAAUUUCAGAGUUGAACCCCCUGGGUUGUUCUGUGGUCGGGGAGAGCAUCCAAAGAUGGGUAAAUUGAAGAAGUAUAUUAACCCAGAGGAUAUUACUAUUAACAUUGGGAAGGAUGCCCCUAUUCCAGAAUGCCCAAUUCCAGGCCACAGGUGGAAGGAGGUCAGACAUGAUAGAACUGUCACAUGGUUGGCUUUUUGGUAUGAUUCAAUCAAUCUCAAGGAAUUCAAGUAUGUAAUUUUGGAUGCUAGCAGUUCUCGAAAAGGUCAGAGUGACUUGGAGAAGUAUGAGAAGGCAAGAAUGCUCAAGGAUUACAUAGGUAAUAUUCGAGAUUCAUACAAACAAAACUUCAAAUCACAAAAUAUGAUUGAAAGAAAAAUUGCUGUUGCCACUUAUCUUAUUGAUAGGCUUUCUCUAAGGGCUGGCAAUCAGAAGGAUGAUGAUGAGGCUGAUAUAGUUGGUUGUUGUACAUUGAAAGUGAAAAAUGUGAAAUUACUUCCUCCAAAUAUCCUACAGCUUGACUUUCUAGGGAAAGAUUCUAUCCGAUACUUAAAUAAGGUUGAGGUUGAUGAACAGGUCUAUAUUGCUAUCGAUCAUUUUAGAAAAGGUAAACAGGAUGGCGAUUUUUUGUUUGACGAGCUGGAUCCAAAUAUACUCAAUGCUCAUCUCAAGAAAAUAAUGCCCGGCCUCACAGCAAAAGUCUUCAGAACAUAUAAUGCCUCCAUCACAUUCGAGAAAUUGCUGCAAGAGACAACUAGUAGUGGUGCACUAGAAAAGAUUGUUGGCUACCAGCAAGCAAACAAACAAGUUGCAAUUCUCUGUAACCAUCAGCGCUCUGAGUCAAAGUCACACAAUGCUCAAAUGGACAAGAUAUUGGAAAAAAUGACAACAUUUGUGGAUCUUGUAAAGGAGCUUGAAACAGAUUUGAUCAGCGCAAAAAAAGGGAAACAACCACUAAAUUAUGCAGAAGGGAAGCCAAAGAGAAACUUAAAUUUUAUCAGAAUAAAAAAAAAAAUUGCACAGACCAAGGCUAAAAUUGUUAAAAUGAAGCUAAGAAUGAGAAGAAAGGAUGAUUUUAGGACUCUAGCAUUGGAAACAUCUAAGAAAAAUUACUUGGACCCAAGAAUCACAGUUGCCUGGUGCAAGCGUCAUGACGUUCACAUAAAAAAGAUAUUUAGUAAAUCGUUGUUGGCCAAAUUUGAAUGGGCAAUGGGCGUAGAGAAAGAGUACAAAUUUUGAUGUUUCUUUUGAUUUGUAGUCAUGUUAAGUGCCUAAAGGUGUAGUUUGUAAGACAUCUUUAAUGAGAUUAAGCAAACUAUACCCAUCUGGUUUAUUCCCUCUUUUUGGGGGGAUGGCGUAAAAUGCUUUUCUCGAGUCUUGUAGAUUUUAUUUCAUGGCUUUAGCCCAGAUGAAGUGUUGGGACUCAACAACCCCAUCUUUUACGAAAGCUAUGUGAUUAUUUUCCUCCCAAAUGGAAGUACAUGAUCUAUAUAUUUACUGCUUUAGAUCCCACUAUUCUAUUCUGGUCUCAUGUGCCUUUCUAUGCAUUUUCAGCAUUGUUAAAGAGUAAGCAAACAUGUUUUUAUUUUAUGGUUUGAGAGGGUU